CCCUCCCUCUCUUGGGGUGCAGUACUACGAUGGCGCUGGGGUUACUCAAACCCCCCGACUGAGCUUUUAUUUUAGUCAAUCUUCGUUGCACCUUCCUGACAGCAGUACCCACGUCUAGGAACACCCACGUACGAUCAAAACAAUCAAAACAUGACAGUGACAGUGACAGCCUACAGCAUUUUUGUCUGUUGCUCUCACACUCCUAUGUAUUGCAACCAAAAUCACACACUACUAAUUACAUAAAUUUUCACAACAGGAACUACUCCAAAAUCUCCGCAUCUUCAAAUCAUCAUCAAAACCGCUGAACGACAUCCAAAUUCCGAUCCACCAAAAAACCCUCACUUCAUUGAAUCUCCAUAACACCAGAUCAAAACCUCAAACGUCAAUCUAGAAUUGGAUUCAUUCAAAAACUGCAUCUUCUCCACAAUAAAACCAGCGACCAUCGGGGAUUUCCAUUCUUAACAACUGCAACAAAAGUCACAUGAUUCAUUCAGGUCCAAUCUCAAGUCGCAUAUAACCAUCACCAAAAAAAAAAAUAAUAAUAACAAAAAGAAAAAAACUAGUUGGAACUUUCGGCGAAUGUCUGAUGAUGUCAGACGGAGGAUAGACUCUCCAGCCGACGGUCGCAAAUAGCAAAAAUCACUCGCAUCGAAUUAAAAAAAACUAAAGUACCGUGAGAAAGAGAGAAAGAGAAAGAGCGAGAGAAAGGGUGAGUGAGUGAGGAAUAACGAGAGCUUUAUCUUUAUUAUGCGCCGUUGAGUGAAUUGUUAAGUGAAAUCAGAAAUGGCUGCCAACGAACAACAGCAGAAGGAGGAUCGAGAAUCUGGCGAGCCAGCCCAUCACGCUCGUCGCCCAAUGAACGCUUUUUUAAUAUUUUGCAAACGUCAUCGUACAUCCGUACGUACGCACUUUCCUAACCUUGAAAAUCGUGCAGUGACGAGAGUCCUUGGGGAAUGGUGGGCAACACUCCACCCUGACCAGAAGCAAUCCUACAUAAGCCUGGCUCAAGAGUAUAAAGAUGCAUUUCUACAUGCCAAUCCGGACUUCAAGUGGUACAAAUUGCCAGCACCACCUCUAAGAACAUUAACAACACGACCAACAAACAAGAAGCAGGAGAUUGGAGGAUUCGAGAGUACUUCCGAGACAUCAGUCUCUAAUUACGAGUCUUCCAGCUCAGACGUCGGCAAAAAUGCCAUUCAACCUGGUAAAUUAGCUGAUGAAUCCCAAAUCGGUGGUCUCAGUUCCCUCUUUACACCCCAGAAGACUCACCAUGCCAACAAUCAAUCGACAAUUGAUAUGGAAAUCGCUGAGGAUUUAUCCGAGGAUAAUCAUUCUGUACCAAAACCUCCGAAAAAACGUUACACCGAACUGCCAAUAGAUUUGGAUCAAAAACGAGACUGCAAAGUUGAUCUGUUCAGCGAUUGUGGAGAUUCUACUGAGUCAAAUAAUAAUGAAGAGCAUCGGCUGGAUGAGGAGGUCAAUAAAAAUGAGAGUACGUUCAUCGAUGAGAGUGAUGGUGGGAGGGUUGAGGGGAAUUAUAGGGGAGAGAGAAGCUGUAAGGGUGUUAGAUACCAAAAAUUUCUUGCCGAGCAACAAAGGACUUAUGCACCCAUGACCCAUGGAAAACGAAAGAGGUUUGGUGGUGGUGAGAAGCUGGUGAAGGAACGGAGGAAUUCUAUAUCGUCCAAUGUAAGCGAAAAGACUGAUUCAUUAAGUAGCGAGGGGGGCAACAGUACACGCAGCGAUUUGGAGCAUCUUGUUGAUAGUGCUGAGGGGCGAGUUGAAGCAUCCAAGCCAGAGGACACUGAGACUGAAGGAGCUGAACCUGAUCAGGAAUAUGUAGCAUGGAAUACCCGUAAACGUUUCAAAGCAGAAGAUUUUAAUCUAGAGAAAAAAAUUGAAGCUCUGCCAUCACUAAGUUUGGAGGAAUUUCAAGAGAAGAAAAAACAACAGCGCACCAAGAAAAAGAAAGUCCAAUUGAAAUUUCACGGUAAUUUAUCGAAACGUGGUAAUGCAAGUAACAAUCAAGAACAAAUGAAUCUCCUAAACGAUUCUCAUGAGGAAAUGGAAAAGGGUCUGCUGGUUGGAAGUCAAAAACGAAAAGCUAGGAAACAAAGCAUCACGCGAAAUGCAUCCGCUACUGCUCCUAAGGAUCAGGACGACACAGAAGGUGCCCAGUCCUGGUCCCCAGACUUGGAGGCGCUGGCAUGUCUCGCCGAACUCGCUGCCAACCGGACGAAACUUACCAAGUAACUUCGAAUACUUUUUUCUAUGAAUCAUUAAUUAUCAAGUUUGUUAUCAGCAAUGAAUUCUCAGAACCACUGAUAGCGCCACCAUGCUAUAUGUAGCAAAUAAUAAUUCUUUAUCAUCAUCUAUACAUAUUUCUACGAAGAAUUUUACUCUCAACUCUUGUUUCAUAACUAUCGAUUUUCAUUAGAUGUUUUUAAAUGGAAGGGAUAGUAUACUAAAUGCAGGGAUCUAUUUUUCACCCUAUUGAAUGAUUAAAUAAAAUUAUAUUCGAGUAUGUAUCUUGUCGAUUGUCAUAAUAAUGUUCGUUUAUUACGAAUUUCAUAGAAAGAAUAUGUUAUUAAUAUUUUUUGUAUUAUGGAAUUUCAAUGCGGGCGUAGCCUCGAGCAUUGAAUGGCUAAAUUUCUUUUGAAUAUUCAAAUUCGUGGGAAUAAUUGUUUUAUAAAUUUUUAUUUUAAAUCAACUCGUUCGCUAUUGUUCAAUACUUCCUGUGACUGAUUAAAUGUAUUGGUGCUUCGAGAAUGAUUAUAAAAUACAAGCGGAGGGAAAAAUAUCUAUUCAACAGCUAUGGAUAAUAUUUGUGGCGGAGUGAUGAGGACAGAAUAAGAGAUAAGUCCAGAUAUCGCUUACAGGAAGACAUUGAAAGGCAUUAAUCAGAUUAAUAUUUCUCCUUUCGGCCAAAAAUUCGAUACCAUUUUCUUCUGGAAUGACCAAUUAGCGAGAUAAUCCAUUAUUUGAAACGAAUUAAUAAUUAUUAGGAAGUAACAUCGAGACCCUAUCUCUUCAGUUCAGAAAAGAGCCUUCAAAGUUCUUUUACAUUCUCACUCAAUCCUAGCUCUAAGCCAUUCACAAAAUGUUAGUGAUCAUUUAUUACAAUACAUCCGCUGUUAUGUUUUUACCACUUCGCUACUCCGAAUGGGCAUUUUAGAUUUUAAUGGAAGAAGUGAAAAACUGAGCAUAUUUGAUAAAUUGGAAAUUCUAUUAUUCAUAAUUUUAUGAAGUUAUUUUCAUUUUUCUAAUCAAUAUACUCUGAGUUAUUGACAUUUUUAUACAGAGAGUAGAAAAUACUUUUUCAGAGUUUAUUGUGAAGUUUGAAGAUUGUCUGGUGUAAAUAGAGAGUAGCAGUAUUAAAUAAAAAAGUCCUCUUACACUUUGUAAAUGGAAAAAUGAAAGGAGAUAAUCAAAAUGUGUAGAAAGAAUUGGAAUGGGAUUACAGUGAUGUAGAGUAAAAAUGUCGACAUCACAUCAACAUCAGUUCUUUGGGGUAUACCAUGCAAAUCGAGAAAGAUGAUAAUAAAUUUUCUAGGGGUUGCACAGUAAAACUGUUCGAGCAUAAACUGUCAAUCUCGGUUGGUGAAGUACUUAUCGGGAACCAUAGAAGGGAACAAACCUUACUCGCUUAUAUUUUUUGUAGGUUUUCCAAAAUAUCGACCAGAUAGUUUUGAAAGAAAUAAAAAUAUCACCCGCAGUCCGAGUGUUGCCAUAAUAAAUGCCCCCACAAAAAUGUUGUCUUUCUCAAAUCGCAAAGUAUUCUCCUCGAAUAUCGAACCAUUUCGUUUUACCUCUUGACAAUUGAUAUAUAUACACAUAUAUGUACAUUGACUCGUUGUGACUUAUAUGGCAUGAUAAAAAGAAAUGUUUAACAAAAAUCCACAAAUCUAUUACAUAGAUAAAUAUACAUUGCGUGUAAGUACAUACAGCGAUGUUUAGGGAUAAGUUUAACAAGAUAUUGAAAUAUAUAUUUAUAUUAUUUAUAUCGACUAAUGUAUUUUUUCGAAUUUGAAAUUAUCUACUUUACUGAUAGACAAAGGAAAAUUCUUUUUUGAACGCCAACAGAUUUAUGGUUCAUUGGUUGGGAGGAAAGUUUGAGAGACUCGUCUGUGAUUUUGGCUAAAAGAAUUUUUAAUCUUUUAUAUUUUUCUAUUCAUUAAUAGUUAAACUCUUUCUUUCGUUUACUGUAAUGCAUAGAAAACAGAUUUCCUGAGUACAGAAAAUACGCCUACAGUUGUAGGUGAUCAAUGCAUAUGUGUAGGACUUUCAGGGCCUUAACUUACUUGAGCAAACUUUUAUAAUUGUCCAUAUUUCAAAUGUGCCUUCAAUAUGUAAAAAAAAUGUGCAAAGAAAAUUUUAAAAAUGACCAAUUCCACAACUAUCUUUGUGCUUUCUAGGGAAAUAUUCGAAGUGGAGGAAAUCCAUUAAUUUUCUUCUUAACUUUUUUUUUGGGUUAUUAAAAAUGAUUAUUGUGCCGUUAGAAAGGGCCCGGUGCCCACGAUCCAGUACUGAACAGAUAUUUUCCGACGUAUUAAUGAUAAAAUCG